GUUAGAAUUGCAUCCAAAAAGAAGUUGAAUCCAAAUAAUUUAAAGGGGAGUGUUUGUUUAUUUGCAUUUGCUUUUCGCGGUCAAAGUGGACUCUCCUAAGGUGGGUGGCUGGUGGGAAACACAUCUUCAUUUGUAGUAAUCUGGCAUCAUGAAUUCAAGCGUAUUCGUAUUCUGUAUAUUUGCCCGAUCGGUUCAACAUAAUUUAGCAGUUUCGAAAAAAGCGCGUUUAAACUUUUCGUUUUGUAGGCGUGCUCUAACUUUCUGGAAAGCGUCACUUAGGAAAACCCCCUUAUGCGCUGGAGAUCGGGAACCCCAUACUGAAUUAAAUCUCGCAACCAUUGUUGAACGCCACAACAUCAUUUUGAAGAUUUAUAAAAUUUUAGAUGAAACACUUUCGAAAAUGUACUUUGUGCAACUUUCGGUUGCUAGUCUUGAACUCUGCGUUUCAAUGACAUCUAUAAUCUCUAGGAGUAUGGAACUCCCGGAGUUAAUGUUCACUGUUGGCUUCGCAUUCGCAGCGAUAUUUGAAAUUUUACCAAUUUGCGUCCUUGCUGAUCAGUUCCAAACUUUGAGUGAAAAGCUUGCAGAUGCAGCCUAUGCAACUAAUUGGCCUGAUCAGUCAUUUCGAUUCGCGAUACUUUUCAUCAUACAUAGGUCACAAAACUGUAGAUUGAUUCUAGCUGGUGGCAUAGUGCCGAUCAACUUAUCCGACUUUUCUCAGUAUUGUGCAAUACGCUUACUCUUUCUCAGCAAUUUAUACAAUGAUAUAUUGAUCAAAAUAUAAAGAACAUCGAUACUACCCUGGAUUACGAUAGUUCGUUAAUUGGGUUUAAUGGAAUAUUUCAUCGCCUUUAAAUAUUUCUGAUUAUUAUUUAAUUUAAAAGUUAAUGUAGUUGGUUUAAAUUCAAACUAAUAAAAUGUUAGAAUUCCUUACAUAUUUGCAACUAAAAUUCGCAAAACGAAGAGUUUUAUUCAAUAUUCAAAUGAGAAAUACAAAUAAGGUUCUAAUAAGCCGCUACUAAAAACAGAAAGAAAAUAUUUUGAUAUUUAGAUCUAUCCUAUUCUAAAACUGUAUUGAAAGAAAAUGAAAUCAUUUCCGCAUGGUUUACUUUUCAAAUUUUCAAUAAUGACGCAUAGGUGAAAACUAUUAAAACUCAUACGCACUUUUCUAAAGUUUACGCCCGUAAUGUCAAAUAAAAUAUGUAUAAUGCUCGAGCAAUUUCAUUUUUGCUUGACGUCUUCGUGUUUCCCAAACCGCCAAACUGCCAAACCGCAUACACGUCAUAGGCCCUCAACAUCUGGCAGUAUCUUCAUGUGGUUUAGUGCCUAUGAUGUGUACGGAUAAGCUUCCCUAAAACAUUCGCAAGUCCAGUCCGUUGAG